CAAUUUUCCCUCUUUCCCCUUCCCCUUUCCCUUCUUAACCCACUAAAACCCUCCCUCUCCAACAUCUCGUCAUUUCUGCAUAUUGGAUUGCUAAGUUAAUUGAGUAUCUGCGGCUGCUACUACUACUACUAGUGUCGUCGUAGAAUGGCUGGUGGCGGAGCAUCCGGUAAGUCUUCGAACGCACCCAGAGUGAGGAAGAGGGUGGAGGUUGAUUCCAAUGAAUCCUCGCAGAUAAACGCCAGCCUCAAGCGCGCCAAGGACGGCAGUGCUUUCGCUCGUUGUGAUGAAUGCAACAAAGAUGUACCGGUGGCUUUGAUUAGUUUUCACAAUUGUAGCCUAGAUGCCAAGAUCAAGAUGAAUUUGGAAGCACAGAUUAUAGAGAAGCCAGCUGAGCCCAAGAAAAAGCCAACUGAAAAGAAAAAGGCAAGAUCUACUGAACCAAAAGCCAAGAAGGAAAAGAAGGCUAAGGAUCCCAAUGCACCAAAGCGCCCUCCCACUGCAUUCUUUGUUUUCAUGGAAGAGUUUAGGAAGACUUUCAAGGAGGAAAAUCCUGACAUCAAGAGUGUUGCUACGGUUGCUAAGGAGGGUGGUGAGAAGUGGAAGUCCCUAACAGAUGAAGAGAAGAAGCUUUAUAUUGAUAGGGCUGCAGAACGCAAGGCAGAAUAUGAGAAGGCUUUGGAAUCCAAUAAUGCUACUGAGAAUGAAGAUGAUGGAGAUGAGUCAGAGAAGGAAGUGAAGGAGGAGGUCCAGGAGGUGAAUGAAUUAGAUGAUGAGUAGGAGCUUUAAUUUGCCAUUGUUUUUGUAGUUCUGUUACCUACAUGAUGACUAGUUUUGAAAUUCUGUAAAUGAUCUGUUAGUCAACUAUGCUUAAGGGAAAUUCAAGUAGUGAAGCAUGCACUUUGUUUUGAAUUUUGCCAUUAAUGUAUAUGUUCUAUCAAGUUCUUAACUUUUGAAAUGUUUGUUAUA